CCAGAAACGAACACCUCUGCUCGCUCGCCCGCUGAUCGUUGUUUGUUGCCGAAAAUUUCGCCAAGCACGCUAGGACUACUCUUUCGGCACGCCGAUGGCUCUGGAUUAGUUUCCCGCUGCCCCUGCGACCUUCCACUCAGGUGCAAUGCUCAAGUGGGCUGUCGGAGUUGGCGAGCACGCGGCGGUCCCCCCACCUUCGUCAGGGCCGCCAGAAGCCGUCGCACCCCCAGAGAUCACAGAAACGCCGACUUCUCGACCAAAACGCAGCCUCCGACGAGCUUCCGAAAGGUUCCACGUGCUGCCUGCCUGCGAAAUGCAAGUCAAAAGAGCCAUCGUCAGAACCAUCUACAAGGACGGCAAGGAAAACUCGUCGGCGGAGCGCGUGGACGACAACAAGCAGGCGACCGGUGGACUUUUGCAAAAGCUGAGGGCUUUCGGACCGCUGGCCAACCAACUGGAAAUGGAGCAGCGCGGACCUUUGGGCGACGUCACCAACCAAUCGCCGGUCACGUCGCCGAGGGCGCCCACCACCGAGAGAAAAGCUACCCCGGCGAGAAGUCGAUCUCGGCGGACCAUGACUAAAGGGAAGACAGCCGCAAAUGCAGAAAACGAUGGUGAUCCAAUGAGGCCGAAGUGCACGUCGUGCCACUCAACCCCUAAACGGCGGCUGCCCAAACGAACCCCGAAGCGAAAGAAGGCUGCUGAACCCCAAUUUAAUCUGUCGCCCCUGAAACCCUCCGACCUCUGCAUUGACUACAGUCCUGACCUAGGGGACAGUCUUCUCGCGUUACGAAAACGUCUCGAAGAAUCGCUCGCCCCCGCUGCCACCACCGUCACCACCCAGGUGGACAACCCCCUUUAUUUCAACCUUCAACCAUCCUCUAUUUCAACCGUUUCGCCGAUCAGCAGACAAAUUUCGCGUCUGCGAAUUAUUAGUCAUGACGAAUCUCCCCCACCCCUGCCUGCAAAGCCGCCCCCAGCAAAGGUGGACACCAACGAAAACACCCUGGUGUCGCAAUUCAUGGCCACCCUGAAAGACAUCAACCUUUCCUCGCCCCUCGAAACCACCAUCACCAAUGACCCGAGUCCCUCGACCAGCAGCUGCAGUGGCGGGAGCAGAAAAAGGGCCCGGCGUCACUCGGAAGGGCAGACGCCCGUCGCCACCAGUCAGAGACAGCGACGCUAUUCGGACAACUCGACCAUCUCGGCCAGGUCUUCGUCCAUCAACACUGAACCAGACACCACCUUGAAGGCCACGGAAGCGUCGAUUGCCCUCACCCUGCCCACCCCGAGACUCACCCCUGAGCUCAACUGCUGGCGAAACAGCGUCGCCUACAGCGAAGUGUCCGCCCUCAACGAGACGUGGGACUCACACAGACUGCACACCCUCUUGAGACAGCAGGACAAAGCCCUGGCUGCUGACCAAGACACGCCACCAUUUGAAAUAAGGAUGGAGACGAAAUCAAUUGCCGCUUUGGCCAGUAUGGAACCGUUCACUCCUCUCAGUGCAACCUGCGAAGCAACUAUCCAGCAGGCCAGGAUCGUUGACCUGACUAGUCUGACCAGCCGAAACGCCACCACUUCAGGGGUGGACAUCAUCGCCUUGGUAGAUUCUGUCCUCAGGGAACACAUAAAGGAGGAAGACGAGGUUUAUCAGACGCCCGUGGCCAGUUUUGAAGGCCAGGAAUCAAAGGACAGUCCUGUUGCCCUUGUAGACAGGCAGUCCCGUUCGAGACGGUGUCUUGCGUACGUCUCUCCGUCCAGCAGACAAAGAUCAGCGCUCAACCUGACCCCUUGCCGAAAGAAGAGGAAAAGGCCCAAGACUAAAGGCGAGCUGAAGCUGUCGCUGUACAAAAAUGCCGGCUUGUUGACUGUUCAUGUGAUAAGUGCCACUAAUCUGCCCCAACGUGAUCCUGGCAAGCCAGCCAGCGCUUUUGUGAAGAUUUGUGUAUUGCCCAAGAAAGGUUGUGAUGGCGGUCCAAUUGGUGAGACGCAGAGGACAAACGUGCGUCGCCCUGCCUCAGGACCUGCUGGUUGUCCCAUUUACCGCUUCGACCAGAAGUUCUCGCUCGAAUUCGACCCUGAGGAAAAAGUGGCCAACGAAUGCAGGGUGCUCGUCUCAGUGUGGUUGCGCCCGCGGGCAGAGAAACACCGAAAGAGCGAGUGUGUAGGAUGCAUGUCCUUUGGAGUCGACGAUGUAUUUAAACAGGACGUGCGAGGGUCUUUCUUGGUACUUUCUCCGAGCACAGGUCGCUCCCAGAACGUAGCAGUCUCCAAAUCCAGUGGCCAAUUACCAGGAGCAAAAAAUAUCACCGAAAUGGCGGAACACGCGUCGGACUCGAGCAUCGACGAUGCGCGCGAGAAUGAUGGAGUCACACCCAGACGUCACGACAAGAGGCGCUCCGGCUGCAGAAAAGCCUUCUCAACACCAAGCACGCAAACUGAGGACAAUACCUUUUUAUGUCACUUGGAGCUGGAACCACCUCCCGAGGAAGGACACAGGCCGAGCUCGGCCUCGGGCAGGACGCCCUUCACUCACACCAGGAAACUGGUGCGCAAGUCUGGCUCCGGCUUCGGCUUCUCUGUCGCCUGGACACAACCACCAAGAGUUGAAAGGGUUGAAGCUGGGCUCCCCGCAGACAAGGCUGGCAUGAGACCAGGAGACUACAUAAUUUUCGUUGAAAAUCAGAACGUGGUCACCAUGCCCGAGGACGCAAUCUUGAAUCUCAUCAGAUUGAGUGGCAACAACCUGACCCUUGAGGUGUACCGUCGUACCACCCCCAACGGGGUGGUCCUGCAGCAGACGACGACCGCACCCGCCCCCAUGCCACCGCCGGCCACUCGGCGCUCUGCCUCGGUGACCGACUGCAGUGCCACCACCUCCGACCUGAGACGAAGACUGCAACUGCCGCAGGUCACCUUCUCCACCGAGGCGGUGUUGAGCGCCGACGAGGCGCGCAAAAGGGCCGUUUACCAGCUGCUGCAGCGACUGCAGAACUUUGCUCUGUCGAUGCGCUUCGGCGUCGACCGAUUCCUCGUGCCUCUCGCCGACCGCAAAGAUUUGCUGUCCUCGCAAGAUCAUUUCACCCUCUUCCAGAACAGUGAGGAGCUGGUUAUGCUCACUGAAGAGAUGCUCGAUCAGUUGGUGACGGAAGAUACAGAAGCAAUUGGUCAAAACCUAGGAAAAGUUUAUGUUAACAAGGUGCAAGCUCUAACCAACGCGUACAGAAAAUACUGCCUGGGUCUGAAGAGGGCCGACUGCCUGCUGGCGCAGCAAACCAGCAACCCCGGUUUCUUGAAAGUAGUGUCUGACCCUCCUAUUCCUAAAAGACGUCCAGAUCUCACAACCUUCCUCCACAAACCUCUCGAGCACUACCGGGAAACUUUGAAGCUUUUGCAGACCGUCCUGAAAAACUCUAAAGUUAAUGAUGAAGAAUACGCAGCUCUUUCAAAGGUGGUCCAAGCUUUCGAGACCACCUACAAAGAUAUCACGGCCAAUUCAGGUCUUAUGGAGCCAGACUCCGAAGGCAAACCUCUUCUGUCCAUACAAGACCUGGAGAGCAGAUUGGUCUUUACAAAAUGCAAACCUUUCAAACUAAACACAGGCGGGAGACAAUGGAUUUUCGGCGGCGACCUGAGCAGAAUCGAAGGUCGCAGCUCGAAAGCCUUUUGGGCGCUGCUGUUCAGCGACUUGCUCCUCCUGGCCACCGUCAGCAGAGACAAAGUCCUUUUCGUGACGGACGAGCCCCUCUCUCUACUCGCCGUCACGCAGGCGUGUUUCACUAUCAAAAAGAAGGAAAAUGAAUUUCGACUGAUAGUGGACGCCCCACCUCACAGUCCGUUGGACGCCAAUGCCAAGAAAGACAAGUCUGGAAAAACCCGUCGAAAAAGUAUCGCAUUCCGAGCCCCAACGCCCGAACUCAAGGCUGUGUGGCAGAACCUAAUUCAAAGACAAAUCAUUUACCUGAACACUGUGCGCGGAGGCACGCCAAACGCAAGUCCCCUCGACUCGCCCGCAGAGCAACCGUCGAUCGCCACUGUGGACUCGCCGAGCAGACUACAGGGCGCCUCGCAGAAGCACUUGGACCAAAUCAUCGAGCAGAAGUGCCGCUUGCUGGGCAAGACGGGCAUCAACAAGGGCAGCAUUCUGCACCUGCAACAGUGGAUGACCGGCCAACUAGGAACUCAUCAGACUGACUCGCCUAUAACUCCAGAGGCCGAAUUCGAAAUUUGGUCUCCGGCGACGUUGCGCAAGAGAGGCAUGAAGUUGCUCGGUGGUGGUCCGCACGGUCGGGCGGAAAGUCGGUGUUCAGAGUUGGAAAUGUCGUCGCCCGACCCCGACAGAAGUCCGAGCCAUAGCACCGAAGGCAGUCAGGUGACAGUUAAGUCUGGUGGAAUCGCCGUGGUCAAACUGGUGCCCAAGCAGACGACGGAGCAAGCGAAAAAGAGUUUCUUUGCAGACAUGGGUACCGCUGCAAAGGCGCAGGAGGAGAGAAGCCCAAUGCUGAGUGGCAGUCCGUCCGUCUUCAGACAGGACCUGUACAAGAAGUUGCCGGCCCUUUCUUCACCCAUCUUCAGUUACAAGCCAAGCUCGCCGGGCGGCACCAUGCAGAACGGAAGUUCUCUGCCCUCUAAUAACAACCCCAGCACCAGCAAUGUCAACAAAAACAAGGUCAGACUGGACUCGACGAGCAGCGAGUACGACUCGGAGGAAGGCGACAAGUGGGAACCGUUGCCGUCCGAAAUGGGAAUCACCCUGCAAAACAUCAGGGACCACGACGAGGCCACCAGGGUGCCCAUGAUUGCCAUUGUUCCGCCAACGCCUUCAGAUGCCAGUGUGGCCGGAGACACUGAAAAACAGACUGAGUUUGAGUGGGAAACGGCCGCGAAUAUGGUUGCUGACGCGUGCAACGACGACGACGAAGACGACUCGGACGACGAAGACCAACCGUUCGCCAGAACUUUGUCCAACAGUGCAUGCGUAAAUGUAGAAAGAGCAGGAGCACGACCAGGUAGUCCGGUGCCAAGUUUAGGGAGCAACAAAUCGGCGUCGCCCACGAUGGCGCCUAAACCAUUCACUUUUAACACGGAAAAAUAUGAUUUAAAAGAUCUCGAGGAAGACGACCGCGACUCGAGCGCCUCGGAAGACGAGGAGCACAAUCUCGCUCUGGAGCAUGACAAUUUGCGGAAGUUCGGAACGCUGCAAAGUCUGGAGAAUUUGCACACGAGCAACCAGGACGGCAUUUUGCCGAGCGCAAACGCCGACGACUUAAGUGACUCUGGCGAGGAGGAAAUCCAGUUUACAAGGGAACAGAUCCGGUACGACCGAAACACCUCGGCUGCCCCAUCAACGGUUCAAAAUUCGCCAACUACCGCCAAAAAAGUGCUAGUGUCCAUCGAAGACAUGAAGAGCAAGUCGAUCAAGGGCUGGGGCGUGCACUCCGGCCCCUCGGUUGCCGAGAAGACCAAAAUGUUCGAGGAGCUGAAGACGAAGGAAAACGCCGCCCCCAUCGACCGCUUCAUGCCGAACCCUCUGACCAGCGGGGCUCCCCCAACGGUGGGCACCUCCAUCCCACGCACCAUCUCCUCCUCGUGUUCUAUCCCUGGCAACACAACCCUGCCAACGCCUGCGUCCGCCCCUAAAACCCCGUCGCCAUCACCCACCACCCCUAUGAAGAUUGCGCCGAAAACCAUCCCCAAAGAACAACCUCGAACUGUAGCACAGUUAAAGAAGGUAGGCCCAAAUGCUUUCCAAAAUAAGUCUGUGCUCCCCAAGUCCCCUCCCACGUCACAACCGGUGGCCCGCCACACAGUGGUGAUGGGCACCACGGCCACCCUCAAAACGAAGGCGCCCGCCGUGCCCGUACGCGCCAAAAUCUACUCGUCUUUCAACAAAAAAGCCCCCGCACCGCAACCCCCGACCGGUCCUGCCAAGUCCCUCGAGCUAAAGAGCACGUCGACCACCAAACCGGCCGCCCCAAUGCCCCCUGCGGCCUCCAGCCAGGCCAAAGCCGUCCUCAGCAACGCCGCCGUAAGCAGCAAACCAGCGACGACGGCGCUGUCCACCUCGCCACCGGUCGGCAUCACCAACCCGCCGGCCACUUCCGCGGCCGCGGCUGCGGCCAUCGCGGCGGCCAAUCAAAUUGGCAGUCCGGACAGCAGCGUCUCUGACAAGGAGGAAUGGGGAACGCCAGAGGGUAAGCAAAAAGACAAGAAGAAAGCAGGCGCCGACCCCGAGGACACCGAGGAGGAGUUGAGCUCGAGUCAGGACAUUGUUUCGCUGUUCCCUUGCGUGGGCAGCGAGCACCAAGGCGGAGGUCAACGCUCGUGGUCACCGGACGACGACGACCAACUGACCCGAUUGCUGGCGGCGCCGCCACGCGUCUACCCGCGGCGCCGACUUGAGCCACUGUAUGAGGAGGAGGACGGCGCCGAAACACGGCCCCGACCCCGACUGCUCAGCGACAGCUCCUCCAGUGGCGGCAGCAGCCCGGAGCAAGGCAAGGCACCGCCCCCGCCCCGGCGUGGAUGCCUCGUCAAGCCUGGACAGGGAAGCUGGGCGGACGCGUUUCCUGACACUGGAUCGCCGACCCAUUCUCCGCAGGGGAAACAGCCGCCGAGCGGUUGCGGAGUCGGUACGAACGGGCCAGGAACGAGCGGCUCCUCUGGCUUACUUCGUCGACUGAGACUGGCGAGCAGUCGUCGCAGGGACUUUCCCGGAGUCGAAUCCCCUCGUCAAGAAAGGAGUCAGACCUCAAAGCUACUUCGCCCCCUGGGCGGAAUCCUCGGGGGCAGUCGUUCUGAAGACAACAAGGCCGGGGGGCUGUUGAGGCUCUUCUCUAACAACAACAACAACAACUCCACGACCACAACAAACACCGCCGCUGGAAAUAACAACAACAAUAACGGCCCCAACAAGUCCCCCGUUAAGGAGACCGUGCCUCUAGAUUAUCAGGAUGAAAAACUGGACAGGAGAUUUUGGAAGCAACUGAAGCGGCGGCGCAGCAGCCUCAACUCGUCUACAGCCUCUCCGAUCGCACUGACCGGUUCGAUAAUCGAACAAGAGACUUAAAUUAUUAAUUAUUCUCCAAUCACAUCUCGUCAUCAGAGUGAAUCGCACUCGCGCGUCUCUCGCGAUUUGGUGCUAAAAGAGACUAAUAUUAAUUCAAAAACGAAGGAGCCUAGCGGAAUUGAUAACACCAUCCAUACACACACACACACACACACACACACUCACAUUUUUCGUACAUUUUUUAUGAGAAACACACGCCGCGGUCGGUAUACUAAAAAGAGUAGAGAAUUUUCUUGCAGCGGAUAAAUUAUAUAUUUUAGAAGACGCUGCUAUAAAUAAGAUAAUAGGAUACGUUUUUUUAAAGUUCGCCAUCUGCUGAACUUAAUGUGAAAUUUUUGCCAGUUUUUAUGUGUGUUUUCCUGAAACUCUUUGGCAUUUGCCGUUUUUAAUAGAAAGGAAGAGUGACUGUGACCAAUUUUAUUUCCCAUAUGUGUAAUCCAAAUUGUGCUAGAAAUGUUUUAUUUGAUGUCUACUUAAUUAACCUAGUAUAUAUAAUUUUUUUGUCAACUUAAUGUUAGUAAAUAAAAUUGAAGCACGGUAACUUUUUUAUAUAAUGAUUUGCCCUGACAAAGUAAGGUAAUAAUCGUUGAAUGCUGUGUGAAAAUCAAUGUUAAUAGUGCGGAAAUAACUUCUUUUGCAGGAGUUAUAUUUAAUAAUUAAAAUCAAGAAAAGUUCCGGUCGAAAUGUAAAAAAAAAACUCAAUCCAAAUCCAUGUGUGCUAAUUAGAGAGCUCAAAGUGCCAAAAGCUUAACUUCCACAAUGACAUGUUCACUCUCUUGUUAAAAUGUGGCUACGUUAAAAAGUGAAACUAUGAAUCUCACUCAUGCAAAAUGGGAAGGAAAAAAACAACAAUAUAAAAUAACAUAAUUAUGCCGUUCAAUAUGACUGGGGCAAAAAGAACGUUUAGGGAAUGAAUAUUUAUUUCAUAUUGUUAAAUCGUGUUAUGGAGAAAAUCGAAUUCUGCUUCUUGAUAAUAAAUUUGUUGCAAAA